AACUCCUACUCCUAGUCCUCGUUUGUCAUUGGAUGGCAUUGGUAGCCGCGCCUUCUCCCUGACGCGCCUGUGUUUCCCGCGAACCCACAGCUCGUGCUGCGUGUUUAUGGCGUACGGAGCCCAUGUUAGCAACUGCUAAGGAUUACAGACAAGGUUCCUUCAUGGCGAAGCAAAGCUCCCUUUUCAAUUUCUUCACCAAGUCUCCACCGGCGGUGUGCAAGCCGAAGCCCGGUGCUCAACCCGCCGAGGGCGAUUUGCCGUCCUCGGUCGAAAAAGCCAACUCGUCCCCAAAAGAAGACGCUAAGCAACUCCCGAGUAAAGCCACUAAAGUCAAACCUAAAAGUGUCACCAAGAAUGUGAAAGGAGGAUUCAACAAACUCUUCGGUGAAAAGGAGUCAACAGCCAAAAAUGAGAACUCCACAUGCUCAUUCAGUGCUGGCUCUCUCGUGUGGGCAAAGCUAGAGGGGCACCCAUGGUGGCCAUGCAUGGUAGUACCUCAGCCACUCACUGGACAGCAGAUGCGGGGCCGUGGCCGGGAACAACGCAUACAUGUCCAUUUCUUUGAUGAACCGCCAACACGGGGAUGGGUCAGCACUAAAUACAUUAGAGAGUACCAAGGUUCUGACAGUAGUGAUGCUAAAAGUGGAGGGUUAUUUUUCAGCGGGAAGCCCGAAAUCCGCCGUGCAAUGGAGCUUGCGGACAAGGUCUUGUUCGAUAGCCGAGAAAAACGAUUAAAGAUGCCUCUCUGCACAGAUCCUUCAGAUGAUGAUGAUGAGGAGGAGGAGGAGGGGGAAGAAGACAUGGAGCUUGAGAAAUCUACAGUGACAGAUGAUGAUGAAGCUCAAGAGAAAGAUAUGGAAAUAAAGUCAUCCAAAGUCUGUUCACCGCCAACCCGGUCCAAGCAAAAUAAAGCCAAGCGCCGCCGCAUAAUCGUGGCCUCAGAUAGCGAGGGAUCGGAUGACGAAUUCAAACCAGACCAAGCUGAGAGCAGCAGUGAAGAUGAGGAGGAAGAAGCCACAGUGAGCAGUGAGGCCGAAGAAGCAGAGAGUACGCAAGAGUCUGAAGCUGAAAGCCCGGUUAAACCCGUGAAGCGUAAACGUCUCCCAGAGAAGCCUGUGAAGACAAAGCCAAAUAUAAGCAGUACCUCUUCUAGUGUACGGAAACGGCCCACAGCAUCCAUAGCUAUCGAAACAAAGUCUCGUCUAUCCGCCUUUUCAGCCCCUGAAAGCUUUGAAAGUCAAGCCAAUGGGUCAGGCACAAGUGGAGGAGCGACAAUUUGGGACCACGAGAAGCUGGAGUGGUUGCAGGAUCAUAGGAGGAAAGACGGUCAAAGGCGGAAAGUGACAGAUGACGGUUAUGAUUGUACGACACUGUAUGUGCCAGAAGAUUUUAACAACAGAAAUACUCCUGGUAUGCGGCAGUGGUGGCUUAUCAAAUCCCAGAUGUUUGACACCGUUAUUUUCUACAAGGUGGGGAAAUUUUAUGAACUUUAUCACAUGGACGCUGUGAUUGGAGUCAAUGAGCUCGGAUUGACUUUCAUGAAAGGUACAUGGGCACAUUCUGGUUUUCCAGAGAUUGGUUUCGCACGCUUCUCAAAUGUGUUGGUCCAGAAGGGCUACAAGGUGGCGCGUGUGGAGCAGACAGAAACCCCAGAGAUGAUGGAAGCACGAUGUAAGACCCUGGUCAAGCCCACCAAGUUUGACCGCGUUGUGAAAAGAGAAGUAUGCAGGAUCAUAACACGAGGCACCCAAACCUACAGCGUGUUGGAUGGUACUCCUGCUGAGAGUCAAAGCAAGUUUUUGCUAAGUUUAAAGGAGAAAUCUGAAGAUGAAGGAAAGGGGGGUUGUUGCCGCAGCUAUGGUGUGUGCUUUGUAGAUACCUCUGUGGGCUUCUUCCAGGUUGGCCAGUUUCCAGAUGACCGGCACUGUUCACGUUUACGCACCCUGAUAGCACAUUAUGCACCUGCUGAAGUGCUUUUUGAAAAAGGUAACCCAUCUAAUGAAACGCGCAAAAUACUUAAAGCUUCCCUGUCGUCAGCGCUGCAGGAGGGGCUGAAUUCAAGCACUCAGUUCUGGGAUGCUCAGAAGACUCUGAAAACCCUUUCGGAGGAAGACUACUUUAAAGACAGUGCAGUCAAGGACUUGGGAAGAGGGAGAAGUCAUCUACCGGCUGUUCUUAAAAAAAUGACAUCUGACAGCGAUUCGCUCGGUCUUACGCCUAAAGAGGGCUACGAGCUGGCGCUGUCAUCAUUGGGUGGAUGCAUCUUCUACUUGAAGAAGUGUCUGGUAGACCAGGAGCUGCUUUCCAUGGCCAACUUUGAAGAAUACAUCCCUGUUGAUGUUGAAAUGGAGAAGGCUGUUGGACAAAAAAGUUUCUUUGCUCAGACUUGUCAGCGCAUGGUCUUGGAUGCAGUGACUUUAGCGAACCUUGAGAUAUUUCAGAAUGGCUCUGGAGGCACAGAGGGAACGCUACUGGAGCGCCUCGACACCUGCUCCAGCCCUUUUGGAAAGCGGUUGCUCAAGCAGUGGCUCUGUGCUCCCCUUUGUAAUCCAACAUCCAUCAGGGACAGACUAGAUGCACUGGAAGAUCUGAUGGCUGCCCAAGCCCAAGUCUCUGAAGUUUCAGACCUGCUCAAGAAGCUUCCAGAUUUGGAGCGCCUUCUGAGUAAAAUUCAUAGCAUUGGCACACCCUUGAAGGGUCAUGACCACCCAGACAGCAGGGCGGUUCUCUACGAGGAGGUCACUUACAGCAAGAGAAAAAUAGCAGAUUUUCUCUCAGCACUCGAAGGUUUCCAAACGAUGCAGGAUAUUGUCAAUGUCUUUGCAUCAGUAACUGGGGAUUUCCAAUCCACUUUGUUGCAUCGAGUAGUCAGCCUUGAGAGUGAUGAUGGCGGUCUCUUUCCUGACCUGUCCGGUGAACUAAAGCGCUGGAAAACAGCAUUCGACCACAAUAAAGCUCGUACCACUGGUGUCAUUACACCAAAGGAGGGCUUCGACCCAGAUUAUGACCAGGCUCUGGUCGGGAUCCAAAACUGCGAGCGAAAACUGCAGGAUUAUCUGGACAGACAGAAAAAGAGAAUCGGCUGUAAAAACAUGGCAUACUGGGGAACUGGGCGAAAUCGCUUUCAGAUGGAGGUGCCAGACAGCGUCUCUGAGAGGAAUAUUCCAGAAGAAUAUGAGGUGAAGUCGACUAAAAAAGGUUGGAAGCGUUACGUGACUAAGGAGUCUGAGCAGCUGUUCUAUGAGUUGCAAGGAUUUGAGGAGAAGAGAGACUCUGCCCUCAAAGACUGCAUGAGGAGGCUCUUCUACAACUUUGACAAGAACUAUAGCAACUGGAAGACUGCGGUGGAGUGCAUGGCUGUGCUUGAUGUUCUGAUGGCCUUAUCACGCUACAGCCAGGGGGGAGAUGGACCAAUGGCUAGGCCAGAGGUGGUUCUGCCGGAUGGCGAUGAGCGAGUUGCACCCUUCCUCGAGCUUGUCGGUUCUCGUCACCCGUGUGUUACCAAGACCUUCUUUGGCGACGACUUCAUCCCUAAUGACAUCUACAUCGGCAUACGCUGUGUCAGCGAGGAAGAUGAUGAGGAAAAAAGUCAUGCUUCCUGUGUCCUUGUCACAGGGCCCAAUAUGGGUGGGAAGUCUACACUCAUGAGACAGUGUGGACUUGUGAUUGUGCUCGCUCAACUGGGGUGCUUCGUUCCUGCCGAGCGUCUGCGCUUCACUCCAGUCGAUCGAGUCUUCACUCGACUGGGUGCUUCGGAUCGGAUCAUGGCAGGAGAAAGCACCUUCUUCGUUGAGUUGAGUGAGACUGCGUGUAUUCUACACCAUGCCACUAAACACUCACUUGUGCUACUGGAUGAAUUAGGAAGAGGCACGGCCACAUAUGACGGCACAGCCAUCGCAUGUGCUGUGGUGAAGGAGCUUGCUGAAAAGAUUUGCUGUCGCACACUCUUUUCCACACACUACCACUCCCUGGUGGAGGAUUAUGCCAAUAAUCCUGCAGUGCGCCUUGGCCACAUGGCAUGCAUGGUGGAAAAUGAGUGUGAGGAUCCAAGCCAAGAGACCAUCACAUUCCUCUACAAGUUCAUAUCAGGGGCGUGUCCCAAGAGCUAUGGCUUCAAUGCUGCCCGGCUUGCCAACCUGCCAGAAAGUGUCAUCCAGUCAGGGCACAGAAAGGCCAGAGAGUUUGAGAAGAGCACCAUGGGCCUGAGACUCUUCAAGAAGCUCUGCCAGUUUGCUGAAGACACCAGCCAGGACAAGUCCCGUUUAGUUGCACUUGUUCAGAUGAUCCAAACCAUGUAAUUUGGAAACCUAAUUGUUUUGGUUCCUCUCACUCAGCCAGUUCAAUUGCAUUCUUUGGUACAACCCCACACUCAAAAUGCACUGCAACCAAUUUGUGCAUAGAGCACAUUUGCAAAUGCAGUCAUUUUAUUUUAAACCACAUGCCUAAAGCAGUGUGAAUAGUUUGGUGUUGGCCUAUUUUUUGGGAGGAGGAAAAAAAAACAUUUUUGUGAUCUAAUAAAGUUUAUUAAAAAAAAAAAAAAAAAAAAGACAAAUGUUCACCUAGGAAAUUAAACCCUUUUAAUUCAAGCUAACGCCUACAUAACGAUUAUUGAAUACUUCACAAUAUAUUAAGUCUAGGUGUUAUGAUACAUGCAUACAUUUCAGUCUGAAUUAGAACCCACAAUCACCAUUACACAUGAAUUGGGGAGGGAUAAUGAAAUAAUAUAGUGCUGUAUGUAGAUACUGGUCUCAGCUCUUGGGUUUUCCUGCAACAUUGACAAAUCAAUGAGAGAGAAAAACUGAAAGGCGUUUCACAAGACCUGCGACCUAAAACUGGAAACAAUUAGGCAAAGUACAAGGUAGAAUAAUAAGCCUGUUGACAGGUACUCUUAAGUUCAUUGCGAAAGGUUUCAAAUUAAAACUGCUAUGUAUAGCCGUGAAAGAGCAGACCUAAUUUCUUAAUGCCUUCUCUAUAAAUACACAGAGAGACCCCUGAACAGUUCACUGGGGAGAAAUACAUGCGAAGUCGUACAAGUCUUGUCAAAGUACAUUUCAGUCUUUGUUGCGAAUGAGCCAGUGUUGCAGGAGAAACUGCUUAGUGUUUCCCUCUCAGUUCUCUUUCACAGAAAGAAGUUAGAUACUGCGACAUGAGUAUAAUUACAGCAAUUCUGGGGUAUAAUAAAACAAAAAAAAUACAUUUAAUAAAAUAAGGACAUUCAAGUACAGUAAGGUCUUUGCAUGAAAAUACAAAACUACACAAAAAGCAUUAAAAUCAAAUGAACAGUUGAGGGGUGGAAGUGCUAGUUCAGAUAUUCUCAUACAUAACGUAUGAGCAGCUCGGUCACCAAGAGAUGGAAGCAUAGUGGCCUUUCGGGCCUUUUCCUCCAUCAAAACGUCUCUGUCACGUUGUACAUGACUGUAUCUUUACUCCAACAUGAGCCAUUCUGCUGGUUUGCAGUUUUUUCCCAUUGAUGUCUCGUUUUACCCCCCAAAAAAAGAAAGGCUAGGCUUUUUUUUUUUUUUUUACAUCCAGGUCUUUCUUUUUUUAACCCUGCCCCACAUUGUAAAUGCUCUGCGAGAGUCUGUAUUCAAAUUUAGGUUUCCUCUUCCUUAACAAUGGUCCCAGGCAUUCAUUAAUGCUGAGGCAUGACUGGGAUUGUGGUCUGAGGCUCAGUUGUGCUGGAGCGUAUUGGACUCUAUAGGAGGCGCUGAGUCGUAGAGGGUGUCUGUGUCGUGUGUCGGCUCUCCGGCUAAUGUGCAAGGAUUUGACAGUGUCCCUGCACCACAGUCACAAAAGAACCUGCAGGUGAUGAGAUGGGGAAAAUGACAAUCACAUUAAAUGGAUGAAAGCAAUUUUUACCUAUCCAUCUUUGACUUGAAAAACUAGUACCGGUAUUAAGAAAGCAGCUGGAUUAAUAUCAGGGGUGGUCAAAAUAAUAUUACUCAAGAACUCGAAAAAACUCAAGUACUGAGCAAUUCCUUAUGAUGUCUUAUUUUUAAAUCAAUAGCAUAUUUUUUUUCCUCAGCAUUAGGUCAUCUACAGGGGUUGAAACACUUCAAAAAUCAACAAAAACGUCCGCCUUUAGCGGCAAUUACAGCCUGAAUUCUGAAGAUAUUGAUUCAUACAUCUUGUGAAUUGUUUCCAAAGGAAUUUUAAGCCCUUCUUCAGUUAGAAUACCCUCUUUUAUAGAGAAUGGAGGUGGAAAGAGACGUCUUAACUGAAUCUCUAAAACUGACCAUAAAUGCUCAAUAAUGUUGAGGUCUGGGGAUUGUGCCGACCAUACGCGAUGCUCAACUUCAUUAGAUUGUCCCUCGUGCCAUGCUUUAAAGUGAUCCUCUAACUUAAAUAGAUGUAGGCUCUAAUAAACCACAAUUGUUCUCUUGUACUAAAAUAUGUUGUUAGAAACACAUAAAAUGUUAAAUCAAUGGCAAUAUUUUAUAAUAUUUAGUACAUGUUUUGACCGUUAGUUGACGCCAUGGUUUGCGGGCUCGCAGUGAUGACGUCAAUGGCAUCUUUCCAAAUGUGUAGCGUGUUCAACAAUUGCUUAUUGCUGCCUAAACUCGCGAAGUAAAAUGCCACGAUGUGCUGCUUUUGGAUGCAAUUUCCAGUCAAAUGGAAACAAGGGGGGUGAAGUGAGUGGUCAAGGUGGAAUUAUUAUUUUUAGUGAAUAAAUGUGCAUAAGUGGAAGGUUCUCCCCCUUUUUGGUCCCUGUGUGCACGUAUCCUACCCACCAAGCGUUGCAACUGGCGCCCGAACAUGUAUCCUGGACACUCAGUCAAGCAAGGUCCCACCGCGUCUGCAAUAUUGGUUUCGGAUCAGUCUAUUUUGUGGAAUCGACGGCCUGAUCGCGCUGGAACAUUGCCAUGGGAUCGGUUUAAUUCCUGGUUCUUCGAGUGAGUAAAAAACGCGGAUUUGGAUUACUAUUGCGAUCUUUUUUGUUGACUAUUCUUCGUGGGAGUUUUCCCCAAAUCAUACUAAAUAAUUAAAGCACUAUGGCACGCUACAGUGACGACUGACUGACAUGGACCUUACAACAAUGUUGGAGUUCGUCAGGGAACACGGGUUUGCGUACUGCUGAGCUCCCCAGUGAAGAGUGGUCAAGGUGGAAAUAUUUUUUGUGAAUAAAUGUGCAUAAGUGAAAGCUUUUCCCCUUUUUGGUACUUUUAUACACGUAUCCUAGCUACCACGCGUUACAAUGUACAGGACAUGGAUUACACAAAGUGUGCUCUUUGGCCUGUACUGUAAGCACACGACAGCUCUGGAUGAUAACAAUCUACAUAAUUUUAUUGGGAUGUUUGAAAACACAAUAUGCUUGCCUUGAAUAUCUGCUAAUAAAACUGGAGUUCCCAACACUCUCGCUCCCAACCCGAGUUCCCAAUAGCACUCUGUCGCUCUGUUGCCAUUGAGACAGCGAGUGCAUCACCAGUUUUGCCCAACUUUUGUCUGAUCAGGUAUUUGCUGCACGCAUUUUUCCCUGAAGCUCGUCUUGUGAACGACCGACAGUGCUGUCCUGCUCUUCACUUUUCAUAUCUGGUUCAAAUAGGAAGGGUAGAACUGACGACAUGUUGGGAAAGCUAACUAUUGACUCGCUGGAAUUUUGGCAUCAGGGCCAGUGACGUCACGCACUGCGACGUAACAAGAUUGGCGACCUAUCACUUAAAAUAAUUUUACAAACCUUAUUAAAACAAAAACAUUAAGAGGGGUUUUAAUAUCUAAUUAUGAUAACUCAUACUAACAUUUAUCUUAUAAGAAUUACUUGUUUUAAAAAUAGAGGAUCCCUUUAACAAUUAUGUUCAAUGAAUAUGAUGCUAAAAUGUUAGUUUUUUUCCAUUAUUUUGCCAAUGAACUGUCAAUAUUAUUAUACUGUAACCUGUAAGAUGACAAUAAUAGGCCAAAAAUGUACCAGAAUCCUAGAACUCCAACUGCUGUCCCAACAGCAUGAUUGUCCUCUAGUGGAUAAACACAUUUUCUACCAUGAAAGUAAAACUUUUCUGUGGUUUAACAAUGCAAAAUCAAAACAAGGAAAAAGUUUGAAAUCCGCACUUUUAUUUUUGACGGCAGCGCUAUAUGUGAAAUACUUUUUUUGUAUUUUUUUUUUUUUUUUACAGCGUUCUAAAGACGCCACUUGCGAUGUUAGAACAUGGACAUGAUCAUAUGACUGGACUGGAAGCUUGUGUUGUGUGUGGUGAUGUAUCUGUAUCGUUACGUCUCACUGGUAUAAUGGAGUCAUGUGAUUAUUGUUGCUGCGUGUGAUUGGUGAGACUGAGUGAGUAGUGGAGAGAGUAGUGUUUCUCCUUUAUAAAUCUAAUAGAGGCGUGCGAAAUUUCUGAUUCUUAGAUUAUUCGCAAUUCAGUCGUGGAAGAUUCGAGAAUGAUUCAGACACAUCCAAAUUCCGAUUAUUGAAAUAUGCCAAAUAAAGCGGAAAUAAAACAGCGCGGUCUUCGGGACGCAAUGAGGAACGGACCGACAACUUAUGCCGCUAGAUUAAAAAAAUAAUACCUGACUGCGGACGACAGUUGGUUCAUACAAACUACAUCCACGUAAUGCUACGGUAGAUAUCUUAUGUAUAUAGAACUAGAUGCGAAAUGACGGACUCUGCGGCGUUAGCACAUGAAAAGAACUAGAUGCGAAAUGACAGACUUGCCAGCGUUAGUGAAGAGCCGCCAUCUUAAAGUAGUAGACUUUUCUGAAAGGCUCUUGUAGCGAACCUUCCACGCAAACCUAUUUUAUCUAUAAUAUUCCUAAAUCGGCAAAAUCUUGACUUGAAUCUAUCUUUAAAUGAUGAAACAGUUUUAAAAUUUUCAUGUCGAAAAGAGACAGAAGGGAAAUGAUGGAAUAACGGGGGCAAUUUUAACAACUCUAACGGUUGCUUCACAACAUUAAAUUAAUUGAAUGUAGUUAAAGCUGCUGAUACAGAAUGGAGACUCGAGUAUUUUAUUUACUGUUUUGAACUGUUCACUUGUUACUGAAAUAGUAGUUUAUUUAAGCCUGAGACGAUUUUUGUAACUAAUGUACAAAACAUUAAAAGCAGCUAAUACCUGGGGGCGGGGUGCAUCAAUAAUCGAUUUAUAAUGGAAUCGUAGCCUCUGAAUCCUAAUCGAAUCGUUUGGUGCCACAAGAUUCCCACCUCUAAAAUCUACUGAAGUAAAAAGUAGAACUAUUAUAUGGUAUAUAUAUGGUCGAACUAUUUUUAGUUACUCAAGUAAAUGUAACACUUACUUCUGAUUAAUAUCUACAAAGAGUUGAGUCUCAAUAGUAUUAAGAGUUUCACGAACCCUCACCUAUCGUGUCUGAUGAACUCCACGUCGUGUCCCUGGUGGCACUUCUUGAUGCAGUUCACACAGAUGGCAUUGCGGUCUGUUGUAUUACAGGUGUGGCACCUGUGGCGAGCCAAAUGGGAGCCGUGAAAAGUCAACAAAACAAAAACAGCAGGUGACAUCAUCAUCUAGUUCUCAAACAGGGAAUUACCUGUAAAAAUCGUGCAUUGGAUAGCUGGUGUAACUUGAAAUCUUGUACAGGCACUGACCUCUACUCACAGCCUUUUCAAUUGCAUCUUGAUUGUUCAAAAUUUUGUUAUCUGCAGGAUGAAUAUGGCACGAUUCAUUUAAGUUGCUUGUGAAAGUGUGGCAGUUUAAACUAAUACCUUUCAUUGUAACGUUGACACCAGAUGCAAGAAAAAGCCCUCCGAAACGAUUGUUGAAGAUCUGAUUACCCUCUAAAGUGGCUGUGGCAUGAUUGGUGAUUUCAAUACCUGGUAAACACAAGCAAAUGAAGUUCGAAUGCACGGUGCGUUUCUUAACACUCAAUCCUAGAUAAUGGAUUCCAGAUUGACUGACCUGCAGCAAAACCGUCAAAUAUUCUAUUUUUCCUCAAGACGGGAUGACUGUUGGUGCUGAUGAGGACACCUGCUUGGGCAUUUCUGAAGAUGUCGUUUUCCUCAAGCAAACCUUGGAUAAGAGAGAAAAAUCUUACUUUACAGAUUUUUUUCCAGGAAUUUGAGGAUGCCUAUGUACAACAAAAAUAAUAAUAAUACUGGAAGUAAAUGUGUGGAAAAAGUCUCACUGGGUGUAAUACUUUAAAUAAACCUGUCUCAAUAUGCAAUAAGUCAAUUUAUCGCACCGCAAACAAACAUGAGCGUGGUAAUUUUCCCGGCUGCGAUUUAUGGCCGUGUGCGUGCAUUCAUUCAUGUGUCCUGCGUGCACUCGGCACAUGUGCAUGUGGCUUGCAUAAUACACUGCAGUUCCUUUCCCAGAUGUUUAUUAGUCAUCAACACCCUGAAUUAAAGGUCAGACAGAGACUAACCCAGAAUAAAGAAACACAACAACAUUGUGAAACGUUAGCAUUGCUACAUUGAGGCCAAUGGAAAAACAACAAUGUGCGAAUCACUUUACACACAUUUAGCCUGUUAUAAAACAUUGGCAGUCUUCUCCAUAACGCAAAAUUAAGGUUAAAAGGUGACACUUCAAACAUAAAAACACGCUGGUUUACAGCAUUUGCAAACGAUGCAGGGGGGGAGGAAAAAGGAAAAAAAUCUAUUACCGACACCACAUGCAUGACGAAAAGAGAAGCACUUUUUUUUUUCCCUAACUGAGUGUAAUGCUUACAGUUAGCGGCUUAGGGAACGUACGUCCGGUGAACAUUUCAAUAUAAAAGCAUGCCAUGUUCAACAUGUAAAUAAAGAUUUCUGGAGUUAAUCUCAGAUACUCCAGAUUCUACACUAAGAAUAUCUUUAAAAUGACGCCUAUUAUGUAAAAUGUGAUUGGCAAUGAAUAAUUUGGCUUCAAAUUUGCUAACGUGCACUUUGCAGGACUAGGUGACAGUCAUCUUGGAUCAAAUUAACACUUUUGAUAGGCUCUAAUUGGCAGAAAACAAAAACAGCAUUGGGUUUCUCACCUGUUAUAUAAUUCUGCUCUUAGCUAGCUUUCAAAUGACUUGUUAUGCAUUGUGUGUGUGUGUGUGUGUUUUUUGUACUAUUUAAUAUGUGUUUUAUUUUAAAAUAACAAUUUAUUGAAUUUGAAUGGGCGAUUUAUUACCAUGUAUUGUCACUACAUUAGUGCUUGAAUUGGUUUAAAAAAAAAAUGACAAUAACAUCGCGUAUCUGAAAUAAUUUAUGAGACAAAAUAUCGCCGACGACUUACCUCUUCCUCCAUUAAAUAUACAGAUUCCACCAUCUCUCCCAUCAUGGAUUUUAUUUCUUCGCAGGGUGGGGUUGCUGUCUGUCUUAAUCCACACUCCUGCCAUAGCAUUAUCAAAGAUCUCAUUGUCUUCAAUAAAGCCCAGGCCUGCAAAACAGUUUCAAUUUUAGGGAAAGUGGGAUCGAGACUAGAAAAUCCAAAGGGAAGGACUAGACUUCUCACCUGAGUUGUAAACCAAUAUGCCGCCAUUUUGACCUCCCCAUAUCUUGUUCCGCCUUAUUUUGGGAUUGCUGCCAGUUCUGUGGAAAAGGCAAUCAACACAAUAAGAUCACUUUCAGAACACGAUUCAGAUGUCUGAAUGAACCUAAGUAAACUAAAACAUUUAUCAUUACACAAACCUUAUUUGAACUCCAGAAUACAUGUGAUUGUAAAUGUCAUUGUCUUCCAAAACACCAUGGCCGUUGUCAUAGAAAUAGACACCAACCUGUCAAUGAAUGGUUGUAGAUGAAACUCAAUAUUCUGAUAACGGCAUUUAAUUUCUAUUCAAAUCAGAAGUGUCUGAUUAUGUCUAUGUGUCAGGUAUUACAGUACAUUAAAAUAUGAAUCGAAGAUCAGUUAAAAAAAUGACUUAAAGCGGAAGUUCAGAAUUUUUGACAUUAGGCUUUA